GCGUCCCCGCGCCCCGCGAACUCCGGCGGCGGCUGAGGCGACGGCUGCGCGGCCCGAGCAGCAUGCCGAGGAGGAAGCAGCAGGCCCCCCGGCGCUCGGCAGCUUACGUUCCUGAGGAAGAACUGAAGGCAGCAGAAAUAGAUGGGGAAGACGUGGAGGAGGAUGGGCUGCCUUUGGACGUUCAGGAAAGCGACUUCGCGUGCAGUGAGGAAGCGGAGCUCAAGGAGGCCCAGAGCUACCAGAGCUCCCCCAUCAGCACGGCGGCUAAUCAGGACGCUGGCUACGGGUCGCCGUUCAGCGAAAACAGCGACCAGCCAGCCCCUUUCAAGAGCUCUUCCUCCCAGGAAGAGAAAGAGGAGCCCCGGGGUCGGGAGGGCGUCUCCUACCCCCAGGACAGCUUGGCCCAGAUCAAGGCCGUGUAUGCAAACCUGUUCUCGGAAUCCUGCUGGUCCAGCUUGGCCCUGGAUUUGAAGAAGUCCGGUUCGACCACCAGCAACAGCGAUGCCGGCCAGAAGGAGGGCUCCACCCCCGCCCCCAUGCCCCCCACCAGUACCGCGGGGGCCACCGGGACCACGGCGAGCACCCCCAGCUCGGGCUCCGGCUCCGGCUCCGGCACCGGCACCGGCGCCAGCGCCAGCGGCGGCUCCGGGUACGACUGGCACCAGGCCGCCCUGGCCAAGACGCUGCAGCAGACGUCCUCGUACGGGCUGCUGCCCGAGCCCAGCCUCUUCAGCACCGUGCAGCUCUACCGGCAGAACAACAAGCUGUACGGCUCCGUGUUCACGGGCGCCAGCAAGUUCCGCUGCAAAGACUGCAGCGCCGCGUACGACACGCUGGUGGAGCUGACGGUGCACAUGAACGAGACGGGGCACUACCGCGACGAUAACAGGGACAAGGACUCCGAGAAGACCAAGCGGUGGUCCAAGCCCCGGAAGCGCUCCCUGAUGGAGAUGGAGGGGAAGGAGGACGCCCAGAAGGUGCUCAAGUGCAUGUACUGCGGCCACUCCUUCGAGUCGCUGCAGGACCUGAGCGUGCACAUGAUCAAGACAAAGCAUUACCAGAAAGUGCCUCUCAAGGAGCCGGUGCCGGCCAUCACCAAGCUGGUCCCUUCCACCAAAAAGCGGGCGCUGCAGGACUUGGCGUCCCCCUGCUCCCCCGAACCGGCGGGCGUCGCGGCCGAAGUGGCGCUGAGCGAGUCGGCCAAGGACCAGAAGUCGGCCAACCCGUACGUGACGCCCAACAACCGCUACGGCUACCAGAACGGGGCCAGCUACACCUGGCAGUUCGAGGCCCGCAAGGCCCAGAUCCUCAAGUGCAUGGAAUGCGGCAGCUCCCACGACACCCUGCAGCAGCUCACCGCCCACAUGAUGGUCACCGGCCACUUCUUGAAAGUGACCACCUCUGCCUCCAAGAAAGGGAAGCAGCUGGUGCUGGACCCCGUGGUGGAGGAGAAGAUCCAGUCCAUUCCUCUGCCCCCCACCACGCACACGCGGCUGCCCGCCGCCCACGUCAAAAAGCAGCCCGACUCUCCCUCGGGGUGCGCGACCUCGGAGGAGAAGAAGGAACCCGAGAAGGAGAAGGCGCCGCUGGCGGUGGCCGGGGACGCGGACGCGAAGGUCAAGGAGGAGGGUGAGGACGCCUCUGACAAGUUCGAGCCCACCACCCUCUACCAGUACCUCCGCGAGGAGGACCUGGAUGACAGUCCCAGGGGCGGGGUGGACAUCCUGAAGUCCCUGGAGAACACGGUCUCCACGGCCAUCAGCAAAGCCCAGAACGGCGCGCCCUCGUGGGGCGGCUACCCCAGCAUCCACGCCGCCUACCAGCUGCCGGGCACCGUGAAGCCGCCGCCGAGCGUGCAGAGCGUGCAGAUGCAGCCGUCCUACGCCAGCAGCGUGAAGUCGCUGUCCUCGGAGCACAGCGCGCUCCUGCACUCCCCGGGGAGCCUCACGCCGCCGCCCCACAAGAGCAACGUGUCGGCCAUGGAGGAGCUGGUGGAGAAGGUCACGGGCAAGGUCAGCGUGAAGAAGGAGGAGAGGCCGGCGGAGAAGGAGAAGGGCUCGCCGGCCAAGGCCGCGUCCCCCGGGGCCAAGGAGAAUAAAGACUUCCCCAGGGCCGAGGACCUCGGCGGCGGCGGCAGGUCCCAGCAGAAGAAGGGCCCCGAAGCCGAUGCGGGGAAGACCAAGAAGGAGGGUGCGGUGGAAGCCCACACCCCGAACGGCACCGAACCCCUCAAGGCCAAAGUCACCAACGGCUGCAACAACCUGGGCAUCAUCACGGACCACUCGCCCGAGCCCUCCUUCAUCAACCCGCUGAGCGCCCUGCAGUCCAUCAUGAACACCCACCUGGGCAAAGUGUCCAGGCCCGUGAGCCCCUCGCUGGACCCGCUGGCCAUGCUCUACAAGAUCAGCACCAGCAUGCUGGACAAGCCGGCCUUCCCCGCCCCGCCCGCCAAGCCGCCCGGCACCCUGGACCGCUACUACUACGAGAACAGUGACCAGCCCAUCGACCUGACCAAGUCCAAGAGCAAGCCCCUGGCCCCCGGCGCCGCCCACGGCGUGUCCUCGCCGCUCCGGGAGAGCGCGCUCAUGGACAUCUCGGACAUGGUGAAGAACCUCACGGGCCGGCUGACCCCCAAGUCCUCCACGCCCUCCACCGUGUCGGAGAAGUCGGACGCCGACGGCAGCAGCUUCGAGGAGGCAGUGGAUGAGCUGUCGCCCGUUCACAAGAGGAAGGGGCGGCAGUCCAACUGGAAUCCGCAGCACCUGCUUAUCCUCCAGGCCCAGUUCGCCUCGAGCCUGCGGGAGACCCCGGAGGGUAAGUACAUCAUGUCGGACCUGGGCCCUCAGGAGCGGGUGCACAUCUCCAAGUUCACCGGGCUCUCCAUGACCACCAUCAGCCACUGGCUGGCCAACGUCAAGUACCAGUUGCGGAGGACAGGGGGGACCAAGUUCCUGAAGAACCUGGACACAGGGCAUCCUGUUUUCUUUUGCAACGAUUGUGCCUCUCAGUUCAGAACUGCUUCCACGUACAUCAAUCAUCUAGAGACACACUUAGGCUUCAGCUUGAAGGAUCUCUCCAAGCUGCCACUAAAUCAGAUUCAAGAACAGCAGAAUGUUUCCAAAGUCCUGGCGAACAAAGCAUUGGGCCCGGUGGGAGCCGCCGAGGACGACCUGGGCUCCACAUUCCAGUGCAAGCUCUGCAACCGGACUUUCGCGAGCAAGCACGCAGUCAAACUGCACCUUAGUAAGACCCACGGCAAGUCCCCCGAGGACCACCUGAUCUACGUGACGGAGCUGGAGAAACAGUAGCCCUGGGUCCGCACGGGCCCGUGGCACUUUGCACUAACCGUCUUCAUACUGCACUAGGCCUGGCCUGAGCCUCCAAAAUCAGCCUGCCCUUUGUUGCUGACUGCCUGUCUGGACCUUGGUUUUUCUUACACAUAUUUUGUAGUUAUAUUUAUAUGCUCUUCGUCCGAUUGUGCAUGUUCCUUUUCUUUUUCCGUGAGUCAAAGUCUGACCUUUAUUUUCAACAUCUGUUCUCGAUGUUCAGCUCUCUUUUGUAGGAAAUAGUGGGGCACACUACUCGGAGACAUUUAUUUAGCAGGAAAGAAAGACACAAAUAACAAUGAGAAAAGACGUCCUAAAAAUUACAAAGUUGCCAUGACAAUAAAGGUCAUAGAACCUCCUAGUGUCAAAUUUAACCCUUUGAGGACUGUAAUCGCAUUUCUGUGCCUUUCACUCAAAAAAAAAAAGAA